AUGCGCGGCUCCGAUUGGCGGAGGGCGCUGUCCGUCGGAGGGGCUCUGAUUGGUCGGACGCAAGGAGGGGGUGGUACCUGGUCCUUUGUGACGUCGGCCCGGGGGUUGCUGGUCCUGCUUCAAUUGGUCGCUGGCGCUGCCCGUCAGUGGGAGGGAGGAGUCGGGACCUGGUCACGUGAGGCGGGGCCGGUGUGUCGACGGGGCGGAGCCACAGAGAUCCACCGGCGAGUGCACUCCGGCGAGAGGCCCUUUGGCUGCUCCGACUGCAGCAAGAGGUUCAAGAGGGCGCAAAAGCUGAAGAGCCACCGGCGUGUGCACACGGGCGAGAGGCCCUAUGGCUGUUCCAGCUGCGGCAAAAGCUUUGCCCAGUUGUCGGGGCUACGACGGCACCGGCAGGUGCACAGCAGUGAGCGACCCUUCACCUGCUCUGACUGCAGCGAAAGCUUCAAGUCGAAGCCGGAUCUGAAGGUACACAGGCGCCUGCACACCGGCGAGCGCCCCUACACCUGCAGCGAUUGCGGCAAAAGCUUUACCCGCUCCAACCACCUGCUGGAGCACCAGCGCACCCACACCGGCGAGCGCCCCUUCACCUGUAACCAGUGCCACAAGGGCUUCACCUGCUCCACCUAUCUGCUGUCCCACCAGCGGGUGCACACUGGCGAACGUCCGGUCCCCAGCCCAGUGUGUGGAGAGCACUUUGCCAUGGCCUCCCACGCCCUGUCUCACCAGCACGUGCACACCAGCCCUACGACUGCCCAGGAAAGAGUUGUUAGUCGGUUGUUAGAACACAUGCGGUUAAACAUACUCGCCGUAUCUGUCGCGGUCUACUAA